AUUAUUAUUAUUAUCAUUAUUAUUAGGUUAUAAAUAUGUAUUACAUAAUUAAAGAGAACGGAAAUGAAUUUUUGGUAAAUUAUUUACAUGUUAUUCAUUGAUAAUGUAAAGUUGUAUAUACCCUUGACUACAUAAAUUUGUAUAUGACCAAUCAUAAUAAAGUAAAAUGAAAAUUAUUAAAUUACACAUAAAAAUAUAAUCUGCAUUUAUAAUGGGUUAAUAAUAAAAAUGUUUCUAAAUAUAUUUAUAUUAAGAUUAUUACGAUUAUGAUUAUGAUUAUUGACAUGAUGAUUGUCCUUAUUAAAAUUCAAUAUAUAACUUUCUCAUGUGGAAUUGAUCUAUCUAUGUGAUAGUGGAUUAACUUAAUUGUGGAAAAUACUUAUAGUGUAACUUCUUAAUUUAUGUUAUUUUUUCUUCUUCAAAAGAUUGUUAUCAAUUUUUAAUAUCAGAACCAUAAAAUAAAUCAAACUUUAUUGAUUUAAUUGACAAAUAAUUCAAUAAAUCUUGAUCUAGAUCAGUUUAAAUAGAUCACAAUAUCCUGUAAUGGCGAAUUCAUCUAAUAUCACAAGUAAUACUGAUGUUGAAGAUUUGAUAAAUAAGGAAUUAAAUAAAGAAGAGCAAAAUAUUGUAGAUUGUUCUGACAAGAAUAUUCCUUUCUCAAUGACAAAUGAACAUAAAUUAGAUGAUUCAAAUCAACAUGAUAAUGUAAACGUAACUGAAUCAUCAAGUGAAUAUAUCAUAGAUAACAAAAAUGGUCUAAUAACUGAAGUUGAAACACAAAAUCUAACACAAAUUGGAUCCGGUGAUAAUUUGAAAUUAGAAUGUGAAGAAAUACAUCCAAAUGUAAAUGAGAAUAAUGAUAAAGAAUCACAUAAUACCAGUGAAUUAUGUGUAAACGAGAAGAUAAUAUCUCAUAAUGAUAUUACAGAAUUUCAGAUGAAUGACGACGAAGAAACAAGUAAAUUCCUUGAACAUACCUCUGUAGAAGAGUUAGAACCUACAGCUUUAAUAACUGACUACAAUGAUCCCACUGAAAAAUAUGUAGAAGAAAAUCACCCUCCUAGUGAUAAAUUAGAGACAUAUUCCAAUAUUAUAGACGACGGGGAAGGUGAAAGUAACAUGAAUGCUGCAAAGUUAGAGUUUUCGGAUAUAAGAGAAAGUAAAGACAUGAUUGAUGUACAUAGUCUUUUAGAAGUAACAAGUUUAUCAAGUUUGAAAAACGAUGAAAUAGACAGGAAUAAAUGUGAGACAGUACUCGAAGAGUCGUUUGAUCAUUUUACUGAAGAAAAAGUUAUACCUCAACAUCAUGAAAACGUACACUUGACUGAAGAAAAUGAAAAAUCUGAACAGUUAUUUGAAAGAAUCACACCACAAGAAGUAAUGAGUCUAACUGAACCAGGUAAACACACUCCCACUGAUAAAAAUGAUAUACCGUUUGACUUUAUUGUACAUGAUGUAAAUGACGAAAUAGAUGAAAAUCUAAGGAGGAUUGGUAUAGGUGGUGUUGAAGGCAUUAUUCAAACACCUCAUGAGAAAAUCGAAACAAAAUUUGAUUACGAUAUAUCUACAUCAGUUGAUCAACCAAAUAAUGGAAGUGACGAACAGUCAGACACUCAAGUAGAUCAUAAUGAAGAGGAAAUAUGCAAUCUACCAUCUAAAUCUUAUACCAUGGAUUAUACUUCAUUUGUAGACCACUCAAAAGAAGUCGAAUUUCCUGUAGUAGAAGAACAGACAACUACAGAAUUUGAAUCCCAUCAUAAAGAAAGAGACAACAGUGAUCUCAUAAAUACACCUUCCCCUAGUUUGAAUCAUACGACAGAACAAGAAACUUUCAGAGCUGAUAUCAUUGCAGAUUACCUUAACAAAGAUGAUUAUGACGAUGACAAAACCAAACUGUAUACUGAAGAUCAAGGUAAUGUUGGAAAACAAGACCAUUUACAAUGUUCGAUGAAUAGUGAUUCAUCAAAUCUUCAACAAACUAACUCUCCAUCAAUAAAUGACGUAAAACAUACUGAAAUCAACGAGAUAAAAAACCGAACUUCAUUAUCUGAUAAAGACAUAUGUGAAGAAAAUGGCCUGGAAAGUGGUCAAUUAUUGUACGCUACACAAAAUCUUAUCAAUGAGUUACAGACAGUUGAGCACUUAACAGAUGACAGACCGGAACCGUUGAAUAUCGCUGUAGAUAUUCAAGGUGAUGAAUUAUAUAACGCUAAAAUACAUAAAAGGUCAACAGUGAAAUGUUACGUAACAGAGCAGCAUUCCAAUGAUGAUGAUAAACAUAGUAUCAGUAAUUAUGAAGUAGAAAACAUUUCACCCAAAUAUUUUGAAGAACAUCAAUCAUUAAGGGAUGAAAGUAAUCAUAAUGAAUCAACUACAGAAGAGUUAAACAACCAACUGAAAUCUAAACCUUUAAAUGAUGUGAAUAAAAAUACGGCGCUUAGGAGGAUACGCAAUGAUGUUGAUGAGAUAAGCCUGAAUUCAGAAGGUGAACAGAGAACCGAGUUUGAACAACGUUAUGCAGAAUUAAUUGCAAAGUAUCUGCCAGUUGAGAGACAAUCAAAAAAGAAUGAUAGAUCAAGACGAACUAAAACAUUAGACAGAUAUAGUAAAUCCAAAUUUAAUGAGAAUAGAUACUCAUAUAUAGAUACAAGUGAUGUUAAAAAAAGAUCAGUAACCCUGGAACGCAAUGAAUUUAAGCGUAAACGACGCCUGCAACCAAAACCAUCUGUUAAUGAUGAUUACUUGUAUCCAGAUUCAGUAACACCAUCUAAGGUAGACAAAAGUAUAAGUGUACGAAGUUUAGAGGAGGGUAUUCCAGAAGGUGCUUACGAUGUACCAUAUAUUGAUGAUGACGCUUUCUUGCCACGAAGAUUACGUGAAAAUAAAGGUGAAGAUAAUGGAUCAGAUGAAGGUAGUAGUCUGAGUCUGGAAGAAGAUUACUGCUCAUGGAAUCCUGACAGAUUUAGUAGACUUGAAGCUAAUCAUAUAGCUGAUACUAACGAAUGUGCUCCCACUCCAGAAAAUCAACCAAAAUCAAAAACAAUAACGUCAAUAUUAAGUAAAAAGAAGAAAGAUCAACCAAAACAGAUUUUAAUCGUUCAACCGACAACAAAUGGUAAUAAAUCAAAGAAUAAAGGAAAAUCAUUGAUUUGUGGAUGUGUUAGUAGAAAAUCAAAAAACCGAUAACAAAACUUAUAAAAAUCAAUUAAACAAAUAAAUAAAUAAUCCAAUUUGUAUGUGUGUUUUUGUUUGAUUAACAAAACAUUUUUUUUCUUCAUCAUUUUCCUCAUAUAGAUCCGUUAACAAAAAAAUAAAACAUGAUGAAUGAUAUUUGAAAACAUUAAUCUCCAUGGAAAAGUAAUGAUAAUAAUAAUAAUCGUACAUAGAAACAGUUUGUUCUUUCACAAAAUAUUCAACAACUUUAAUUAUUUAGUUUGAUAAAAUUAACUCGAUCAAUCAUUUAAAUGUUUUGUGAAUGAUUUAAUUUAAACGAUUUUAAAAGAAUUUACAUAGAUACCAAUACAUACCUACUAAAAUAUGGUUAAAGCUUCAUUUAUUUCGACUCAGUGUUUUAUAAAUUUAAUACAAAUAACGAUCAAUAAUUGAAUUCUUGUCCAAUUUUUUUCCUUUAGCAACGAAUUAAUAAAUAAAUAUCUGCCAUAUAUAUUAUAUUAUAAAUAUGAACAUAUUGUCUUUGAAUUGAUAUCGAAAAUCAAUAAAAUGUUGAUAAUUUAAAAUAAAAUAAUAAAACACUAACUAUUUUAAAUUUACUGUAAUUUAAUACGUUUUUUUGUUUGUUUUAUUCCCCCUCUCUCUCUCUCGUUCUCUUUUUCUCUUCAUUUAAAUAAAUUAUUUUUCAUUUUAGUUUUUUUCAUUCUCUUUUAUUCAGUUAACUAACAUUUGGUUUUGUUUCUCAAUUAUUCCUUAUAUAACUAAGAGAUGGUUUUCUCUUUUCUUUUAUUUUUCAUGUUCAUAAAAUAAAAUAAAACCAAAACAAGAAAAGAAAAGAAAACAGUAUUAUCUCAUCUUAUUUGAGAGAGAGAGAGAAAAAAAAGGGGGGUGAAUAAUAUUAUUUCAAAGCUGUAAGAUAUUUACUUGUAAAUCAAUGAGAAUAUGAUAGUUUCACUUUGAAUAAUUGAUUAUUUGAUUUAUUCUUUUUACGAAAUUUUCUUUUUUUUUUCGAUUUUAAUCAUUUAUUUCGAUUUAUUAAAACAAAAACAAAAGAGAAAAAAAGAAAAAGAAUGAAUCAGUCAAUCAGUCAUUUAAUUAAAAAUUAUCUAAUCAAUUAUUCAAUUAUUGUGUAACAUUUAAAAUGAUUUAAUAUUACUAUUUAAUGUAGUUCCUUAUCAUCGAUUAUUUGUGCACUAUUUUUAAUAUUAUUAACACUGGAAACAAAGUUAUUAUGUCAUUAUGAGGCUGAUUUUAAUGCCAUGUAAUAAACAUUUCGUGAUAUUUGAGUAAUUUUAUGUGUUAUAAAAAAAAAACGAAAUAACUCUAUAUGAAUGUAAGUGACAUAUAGGUAUCAUUACCAAGGUUUGACUUGAUAAUUUUGAAUAAAUUGAACAUUGGGUAGAUUAGAUGCCGGCUCAAUGGUCUAGUUGGUUAAGUACCUGACGCGAGACUGGGUCCGAAUCUCGCGGAGUGCGGGAUCGUGAAUGCACACUGCUGAGGAGUCCCAUACUAGGACGAAACGGCCAUCCAGUGCUUCCAGGUUUUCCAUGGUGGUCUAGCUUCAAUUGACUCAUGAUUUAAAUCAGUGAAGUUCCUAAAAUCUCCACAAAAC